GUGUACAAUGAAGGCUAUUGUAGAUAUUUACUGUAAAUACGUUUAUAGCAGUCUUAAUGUAUUCAUAUGAGCAUGCUUGCAGAUGAGUUAGAUAAUACUCAAUUGAAUGCAAAUUGCACAAAGAAUGAAUUAAAAAACUAAAUGGAACCCAAAAUGCACUAAAUUAACUGCAAUAUGUUGUAACCUGUAAUACUGAUGUGCUGUUAUAUAACUUGUGUGCAAUGUUUGUUAAGAUAUGCAUCAUAUCUGAGAUAACAUAGCCAGUGGUUUUAAAACGAUCUCACUUAACUCUCACCAUGGGCGGCAGUGUAGUAUAAUGGGUAAGGAAUUUUCCUUGUAAUCUAAAGGUCAUAGGGAUUCCUGGGUAGGACAUUUCAGUUGUACCCAUGAGCAAGGUACUUAACCUGCAUUGUUUUAGUAUAUAUCCAGCUGUAUAAAUGGAUGCAAUAUAAAUAUUAUGUUAAAAAAAAAAAAAAGGUGUGUAAAUCGCUCUGGAUAAGACGGUCUGCUAAAUGCCGAAAAUCGUUGCACCAAUGAGAUUAUCCAGAGCUCCCAAACACUGUUUCUGGAGACCUACCAUCCUGUAGGUUUUAAUUUCCGCCUUAAUUUGGCAUACCUGCUUCGGCUAAUUAGCAGUUAAAUGAGAUCUGUACCUGUUGAAUGAGGUGUGCUUUGUUGGGGUUGGAAUGAAAGCCUACAGGAUGGUGUUACAUCACCAGGAACAGGGUUUGGGUAGCCCUGGGAUUAUACGAAUUUAACAGGCAAGGGACCCUCAUUUAUGUCCCCUGAAGAAUUCCCAGGUACACGCAUUUCACACACACCAGGAGAUAUAUUCUGGAGCACGAGGGGAAAAGCACAUUAAGACUAACGCGUUUCGACAGUGACCUACGCUGAGAACUGGGCCCAGAGGAAAAGCAGUCACGCGGAGGUCCUGUACGGCAAAUACGACCAAUGGGCAUUCUGACCACAUCAGUCACCAAUGACUCCAUUAUUAGACCAGUGGGAUUUUACAUUGUCGGAUUUACCCAUUUGAACUUUACUGAUUUAUACUUAAGCUUCCUCACUGUUGUUUAUAUUGUAACGGUUUUGGCCAACUUCUUUAUCCUGUCCAUUUUAUGGAUAGACUAUCGCCUGCACACUCCAAAGUACAUUGCGGUGGCUAAUCUGGCGAUCGUCGACUUGGUGCUCAGUACAACCAUUAUUCCCAGUAUGAUCAAGAUGUUUCUCGCGAAAGAUAACUUUAUUUCCUACAACGCGUGUUUGACGCAGAUGUUUUUUUAUUACUGUUUCGUCUCAUUAGAGUCGUUUUCCCUCAGUGUACUUGCCUAUGACAGGUUAAUUGCGAUAUGUUUCCCACUGAGACAGAGUACUAUCAACACAAUCCCCGUCAUGAUCAGUAUUUUAGUCACUGUUUGGUCAUUUUGUAUAAGUGUUAUUGUGUUCGCGGUCAUAAUCAUGACCAGGCUAUCUUUCUGUAAUUCGGUCAACGUGCAGAGCUACUUCUGUGACUACACUCCCAUGUACAGACUAGCUUGCAAUGAUAACCGAUUGCAGUGGGCCACUGCCUCUUCUCUGAGUUUACUUAUUGUGUUUGUGCCCCUUAGUUUAAUUAUCAUGUCAUACAUCUGCAUUUUGACAGCCGUGUUUCGAAUGAAAAAUUUAGACAGCAGGUACAAAGCACUGUUAACGUGCACAGAACAUCUCGUUCUCGUGGCGAUUUUCUACGUGCCGAUCACGACAGUGUACAUCAUCGAACUUUUCUUCUUCCAACUCGAUCCAGAUGUCAGGAUUCUAAACUUGUCUUUGGCCAAAUGCAUCCCACCCUGCCUGAACCCCAUUGUGUAUUCCCUGGCAACCAAAGAAAUCAAGAACAGAGUACUGGCCAUGUUUCAGAAGUUCAAGGUAGCAGCGUGGUCAGGGUAGGCAUAGACCAGGGUUCCCACUCGUCCUGGAAAACCUUGAAAACCUGGAAAUUUAUCAACUAGUUUUCCAGUCAUGGAAAACACCUGGAAAAUGAGAAAAUUUACAAAAUGUCCUGGAAAUAUUUGUGAGGUCCUGGAAAAAUGUGAAGUCCAAUGUAAUAAAUUUGAAUUGUAUUUUACUGGAAACACAUUCUAUCUUAAGCAAUGUGCAAAUGUAAUGAGUGAGUAAAACUAGCUCAGGCAAUCUCAAGAAAUAGUACACCCCCCCCCCCCCCCAAAAAAAAAAAAAAAAAAAACAACUUGUUCUUAGUUCCUUCAGGAGAGCUCGGGUCUUACUUUGGGGGGGGGGGGGGGUUAGGCCCCCUGUGCAUAUCGCCCUCGAUACAGGAGACCCCCCCCCCCCCCCAAACUCCCAGGUGAACCACUGAUUGCAUUUGAAUGUUUACAGGUUGCG